AUGUCACUUUCGAAACCAACACUGCGCUUGGUUGCGGAACCACAACAAUUUUAUCGUAGUAGAUAUGCUAGUGAAAUGUGUCGUAAUGGUACUGUAUUGAAUCGUUUUAUUAUUACUGGUUCUAAUUCAACUCAGUUCAAAUAUCCAACAGUUGAAAUACUUAAAGAAUGGUAUAACCAAGGAUUACAUAUUUGUGUAAUUCUCGUCACUGUUCCAACUGAAGAAGCACCUAUACAAUGCAUACAUCCGCAUCCAAUUGAUACUGACGAAGUCAACGUUGUUAAAAAUGAAUAUCGAAAUUCACUUUUUUUUCCAAUAACAGAAGAAGACUGUAUAAAUGGUUUCAAAAGUUUUCGAAUUAUUCGUAAGAAAUUAGUUCAAUAUGAAUUAAAAAACUAUGGACCAUUACAUAUUGUACAUUCAAAUGACAAUGAUAUUCAACGCAUUGAUGAUCCAACUGAUGUUCGAAAAUUAUCUAAAGUCUACCAGUUAGAAAAAUCGCAAUUAUUAUUUUCUCUUGUUCAAAGUGAUCCUAGUGGACGACUUAUUGUACUCAAUGCAACAUCUGUAUAUUCGAAUGUAAUGACUGCUACAAAAGAUAGAGUAACGAAUAAUAAUGCAAUUAUUAGAUGUUCACCACAAAAAGGUCAUUGGAUUGGUGGGGAUGAUAUUUUGAUGGUCAUUCCCAUAUCUGAUAGAAAAACACCAUGUGAAGUAUAUUUCGAAUAUCCUUCUUUACAACAUCAGGAACGAGUUUUAUUUCGAUUUGUUGAUUCAAAAACAAUUACAUUUACAACUCCACCAUGUUUAAUAGAAGUAAAUGAAAAUCAUAAAGUGGAAGUUCCUCUUGUUGUUCGUCAAAAUAAUCAAGAAGUUGCACGUGUUAAUUUUUGUUAUGAACCAUAUUGUAUUAAAUUCUCAGAAGAAAUUGAAGAUUUCGAUGUGAAUAUAUGGGAAAAUUUGAUUAAUUCUGAUGAAGUAUUUACUAAACAAUUUUCUCAAUCAAUAAAUACAAUCGAUUAUUCAGAUAAUUCUACAAUUAAAAAUGAAAUUCUCAAAUUAUCAUCAAACGAUAUAAACACAUCAACAUUUGAGAAUAGUAAUAAAUUUAUUUAUAUUUAUCGACCGAUGAUAAUUCUCGUUUCACCUUCUCUCAAUCAACGUGUUCGAUAUGCAAAUGAAUGUGAAAAAAUAAUUCGUUAUAUAUCUAUUCCAGAUAAUAAUAUAAUGACGAUCAGAAUUCCUGAUCUUCGUCAUAAUCUUAUUACUGGUGAUACACUUUGGAUGCGUAUAACACGAACGACAAUAGAUCAUCGAAAAGAUCAUUUGAUUUUUUACCAUCCAUAUCCAAUAUGGAUUAAAAAUGAAUAUGCAAAAAUUCAUAAUGGUUCCAUUUUUAUUCCAAUUAAUGAUAAUGAUAUGGAAACUGGUACUAUGAAAAUUUAUACUUUAACAAUGAUUAGACUUAAACAAUAUGAUUUAGCUAAAAUUAAUACACUACCAAUCUAUUCAUCGACUCAACUUGUUGUCUUAGAUCAGCAUUCAAUCGAAAUCAAGACACCAAAACGUAUUCGAGAUGAAUAUAAACUUCAACAGUCUAUUUUAAAUUUUCAAAUUGUUCGAGUCGAUCAAAAUAAUCUUGCCUAUCCAACAGAUUGUUUUUGUCAAACAGAAUCUAUUCAUGAAAUUGAAGGUAAAGUUUGUUCAAUUGAUCUUUUUGCUUCAGAGAAAAAAUUUAUAACAAAUAUGGGAGAUCAACCUAAUCACGAAUCGCAAUACACAUCCAAUGAGCAGAAUUCUGAACAGCUCAACGUACAAGGGUUGCUUUCCGAUGAAUCUGAAAGUUCAAACAGCAGCCUGGGAGAUGACUCAUAUACAAUCAUACAGUCAUCUGUCCAAUGUUCAGACGAUCGUCGUGAUGAUGAAGACCUUACUUCUUCUAUUCUUAAUAGAAAACCAACAAUAUCGUUUAUGCCUGAUGAACCUGUUGAUGAUGAAGAAUUAUUUCAUGGUGCAGCCUUGGGAACUAUGCCCUAUUUUUACGAUAAAAUCGAUGAUGAGAGUGUUACUACAACUCCGUCUGGCGUGGAUGAAAAUAACAAGAAAGCAGUUACUGAUACAUUAUUAGAAAUCAAUCUCGGUGCUUUAGAGCAGCAUGCUGGAGAAACGAGUGUAGUAAUCUUUAGCGAAUCGAUUGCAGAACCAAUAAUGGAUAUUGAAGCUAAUCCACCAGCUGAACUUCGUCUUCGCUAUGAAUCUGAGGGUCAGCGUCAAGUAGCACAAUCUCUUACAAAUCCUAUGGAGAUUGAUAUAUCUGGUGUUAAAAACAUUAAAUUAAGCUCUAAUCAAUCAUUUUAUAUUCGAUUAUUACCAGCAGUAUGGCCCGGAAAAUCAACAAAAAAGAAUGAUCUUCAUCCAAAUGAAAUAGAUUAUCUUCAUCCAAAUAAAUUGGAAUAUCAUUCCGAUGAUGCAAUUGGCUUCAUCGAUAGAACUAUUGGUGUUCCUUUAACUUCAGAUGAUAUUAACGAAGGAGUAAAAGCAUUUCCACGUUUACAAAUACUUAAAAGGCUGCUUAGAAAAUAUAACCGUGAACUAACGCCACUUAAGCUAUACGGAAUUGCUAGUGGUAUAGAUGGUAAUAAAACAAUUCCGGUGAGUGAAGCUAAAAAGAUGUUCGAUAAAUUUAACUUGAAAGCUAGCCGAAUUAUCUGCCAACUAUUGAUCAAACAAAAUGGAAGAUUUCAUUUCACGAAUAUUGUAUGUGGAACACAUAUAAUGGAAGAAAAACAACAAAACAAACGAGCAGUAAAAAUAAUGAAAGUGAUGAAAAAUAAGAAGAAAUCAAAACCAACAAAACGAAAGAAAAUUUCUCAUUAA